UCGUGGCAGAAAGGCGCGUGUCGCAGUGUGAAAUUGCAACAUGAUGGUCGUCGUCCGCGCCGCCAAGCGGGUCUGGGCCUGGUUCUUCGAGGAGCGCAACUGCAUCUUCCAGCUCUUCUACCUCUCGCUCCUCUCGCUCUGCUACGGCGUGCUCGUCUCGGAAGCUUGGCACACGCUCGACCUAUUGGACCGGUCGAUUGCGAUCUUCUUUGCGUUCGCUUGCUUGGGCCUCUUUGUCCGCGUCUCGUUCGUGGACCCUGGUGUCAUCACCCAUCGAAACCUCGCGACGCAGCAGCACUACCCAGACCACGAUGCGCUCUACCCCCGUGGCCGCGUCUGCCGAACCUGCAAGACCCUCAAGAUCCCGCGCUCCAAGCACUGCCGCGUGUGCAACCACUGCGUCGCCCGCUUCGAUCACCAGCUCGUUAGCUGCAUCUGGGUCAACACGUGCAUCGCCAAGCACAACUACAACGCGUUCUUCUUCUUCCUCGUCGUCAAUGUCUGCGGAAGCAGCCACCUCGUGUACCUCCUCUGCAGCGUCUUCAUCGACAAGAUGACGCACUCGCUUGCUGAUGCGCGCAACGCGUCGGUCGCGCUCCUGACCCAAGUGCUGACCGACAUCAUCUUGUCGCCAGAGAACGGUCGCGUCGCGUUCGUCGCAUCCCUCGCGCUUGCGGUUUGGUUCCUCGUGAGCCUCCUCCUCGGGUGCCAAAUGGGCCGCGUGUACCGCAACUGCACCGCGAACGAGCACUUCAAGCGCCAGCGCCUCCACAAGGAGCACGCGGACGACGUGCCUGCGCCGACGCGGCCGGUUGCCUUUGACCUGUCGUGGGGCGGCGUUGGGCUCGUGGACGCCGAGACGUCGUUGGUCCUCACCGCCGACGACAUUGAGCGCAACCCGUACGACGGCGGCGUCCUGCACAACCUUUGCGAUGCCUUCAACAUCCACGAUCGCAAAGAUAAAACCGAUUAGGAAGACAUCUCGUG